AUGAACGUAUCCUUCACCAGGGACUCGGUGGAAAACGCCACGAUCGUCGACAGCGCGACCGGUAGAGAGAUAUUCGAACUCUCAACGCACUCCAGCACCACGACCUUGCGCGAUAUCCAGUCUGGCGUAGUCGUAGGCGCUGUUGAGUGGCAUACGUUCCACAAGAACCGAGUAACGAUUCGGGAUGAGAGGGCAGAACUCGAUGAGUGGCUGCAUACGGCGAGCUGGUUACAUAGCUCUCGAACCUUCCGUGCGCCUAAUGGAAUAGAAUACAAGUGGAAGGGAUCUGAUGGAAAAUGGCACCUUAUCGACCAAAACUCGGCUUUUACUGUGGUGCAGAGCCAUAAUGCGCACAGCGGGAUUCUUCACAAGGCGCAACGAAUGAACCUGGACGUGGACGCAUCGGUGUUGCCGUUUCUGGACGUGAUCGUGUUGACGUACGCCAUCAUGGAGAAGAUGGACCGGGAAUCACCGCCUCCAGCCCCACCUGCCUUCUAA